CGGACGCAACAUCGAGACCAGGGUUCACUGAGGAGGGAAAAAUGUCGUCCAGGCCGGAGCUUAAGGUCGACGACGAAGUCGGUUUCAUUCGAUUCUUCCACUCGCUACCAUCAAAGGAUGACUCUACAACCGUUCGAGUUUUCGACCGCGGCGACUGGUAUACAGCUCAUGGCACUGAUGCGGAGUAUAUCGCUCGCACGGUCUACAAGACCACUUCUGUCCUCCGGACGCUCGGGCGGAGCGAUACAAGCGGAUUGCCCUCCGUCACGAUGACGGUGACAGUGUUCCGGAAUUUUCUUCGAGAAGCUCUCUUCCGUUUAAGUAAGAGGAUAGAGAUAUGGUCGUCUCAAGGUGGAAUGGGUAAGGGAGUUUGGAAACUGGUCAAGCAAGCAAGCCCUGGGAAUUUGCAGGAUGUCGAAGAUGAGCUGGGUUCUGGUGGUGGGAUGAUGGAUACAGCACCGAUCAUCCUUGCCGUUAAGAUCUCUGCGAGAGCGUCUGAGACUAGGCAUGUUGGCGUUUGCUUUGCAGAUGCGAGUGUUCGGGAGUUGGGUGUCAGCGAGUUUGAUGACAAUGAUCUAUAUUCAAAUUUUGAGUCUUUGGUCAUUCAGCUCGGGGUUAAAGAGUGUUUGGUCACUACGGAUGGGCAGAAAAAGGACGUUGAGCUCGCGAAGAUAAGAUCAAUUGCGGAUAGCUGCGGGAUCGCGAUUUCGAGCAGGCCGGCUUCUGAUUUCCACACGAGAGAUAUUGAUCAAGAUUUGUCGAGGCUACUGAAAGGUGAACGUACCGCCGGAACUUUACCACAAACUGAUCUCAAGCUGGCUAUGGGCGCCGCGGCUGCCUUGAUUAAAUAUCUUGGUGCUAUGUCGGAUCCGUCUAACUUUGGCCAGUAUCAACUUUAUCAACAUGAUCUCUCCCAGUAUAUGAAGCUGGACUCCGCUGCACUGAGAGCGCUGAAUUUAAUGCCAGGCCCGCGUGAUGGUGUGAAAAGUAUGAGUUUGUAUGGGCUUUUGAAUCAUUGCAAAACCCCUGUGGGCGGGCGGCUACUUGCCCAGUGGCUGAAGCAGCCUUUGAUGAACCAUGAAGAUAUUGAAAAAAGGCAGCAACUCGUCGAAGCGUUUGUCUCAGACACUGAACUAAGGCAAACAAUGCAGGAAGACCACCUCAGAUCCAUCCCUGAUCUCUACAGAUUGGCGAAGAAGUUUCAACGAAACGCUGCAACCCUUGAAGAUGUUGUCAGGAUUUACCAAGUUGUCAUACGGCUGCCAGGAUUUAUUAACACCCUUGAGGCUGUCAUGGAUGAGCAGUAUCAAGAGCCGUUGGAAGAAGAGUAUACUUCGAAAAUCCGCAAUCUUUCAAACAGCUUUGGCAAAUUGGCGGAAAUGGUGGAGACAACAGUCGACUUGGAAGCUCUAGAUCAUCAUGAGUUUAUUAUUAAACCCGAGUUCGAUGAGAGUCUGCGGAUAAUCAGGAAAAAGUUAGACAAACUGAGGUACGAUAUGGACGCUGAGCAUAGACGUGUGGGCCGUGAUUUGAAUCAAGAUACCGAGAAGAAACUGUUCCUCGAGGACCAUCGGGUUCAUGGAUGGUGUUUUCGAUUAACCCGAAACGAAGCGGGCUGUAUACGCAACAAGCGGGAGUACCAGGAGUGCUCAACCCAGAAGAACGGCGUCUACUUCACAACAUCUACAAUGCAAUCUCUUCGGCGAGAACAUGACCAGUUAUCUCAAAAUUAUAACCGGACGCAAACCGGUUUGGUUAACGAAGUUGUCAACGUCGCAGCAUCGUAUUGCCCUUUGCUUGAACAGCUUGCAGGCGUGCUGGCACAUCUCGACGUCAUCGUCAGCUUCGCUCAUGUUUCAGUCCACGCUCCUACUCCGUACGUUCGACCAAAAGUCCAUCCUCGUGGGACCGGCAAUACUAUCCUUAAAGAAGCCCGUCAUCCGUGCAUGGAAAUGCAAGAUGAUAUCUCUUUUAUCACUAAUGAUGUUUCCCUCGUUCGUAACGAAUCCUCCUUUCUUAUAAUCACCGGUCCUAAUAUGGGCGGUAAGUCCACCUAUAUCAGGCAGAUUGGUGUGGUUGCGCUCAUGGCCCAAACUGGCUGCUUUGUGCCGUGCUCUGAAGCGGAGCUCACGAUAUUUGACUGUAUCCUGGCUCGUGUUGGAGCAAGUGAUUCCCAGCUCAAGGGCGUCUCAACGUUUAUGGCCGAAAUGCUCGAGACCGCAAAUAUUCUGAAAACAGCAACAUCGGAAUCGUUGAUAAUAAUUGACGAGCUCGGUCGUGGGACAAGUACAUAUGACGGAUUUGGGCUUGCUUGGGCAAUAUCCGAGCACAUAAUUACUGAGAUUCGAUGUUUCGGCCUCUUCGCAACCCACUUCCAUGAAUUGACGGCCCUUGAGGAACGAUAUCCCAACUCGGUCAAGAACCUUCACGUCGUUGCAUUCAUCGGGGACAAUGUAAGCGACAAGCAGAAUAAUACAGCGAGCAAGAAGAAACGAGAAGUUACCCUGUUAUACCGAGUAGAGCCAGGGGUCUGCGAUCAGUCGUUUGGGAUCCACGUGGCCGAAUUGGUUCGCUUCCCGGAGAAAGUCGUCAAUAUGGCGCGUCAGAAAGCUGAAGAGUUGGAAGACUUCACGACAGCAGCUGAAAAGGGUGAGAAUUCCAUGGAUAUCGACAAGUAUUCCGCCGAGGAGGUGGCAGAAGGAAGUUCUCUGCUCAAGGCCAUGCUUGUCAAAUGGAAAGCCCAGCUGGAAGCUCCUGGCAAUGAGAAUAUGACGGUGGAAGAGAAGAGACAAUUAAUGAGGGAUCUAGUUGAGGCGGAUGGCAGACUAAAGGCCAAUAAAGUCUUUCAAGGGAUCAAUGCUUUGUGAGAGCGCAGAGGGAAAUGCUGUGCGUUGUUCCAGAUGACCUGGAGAUCUAGUCGGAGGAGUAUGGAGUUCGUUGGUCUGGGUGGCUGUAAUAGUUAUAUGUGCUUGAAGAUAC